GGAUGUGACGUAAAACAUGUAUCGUGCCGGAGAUGAAGUUACUAAGUGGGGAAUUCCCUUCCUGGAACUUUUGUGACAUAAUGAUGGAAUUGACAUGUUUUCACGAAUAACCGAUUCUCUAACAUUAACAAAACUGGUGGAGGAAGUUACUAACUCUGUGUGGAUGGUGAAUUGGCUGUUUGUCAGUUUGGUCGUUGUAACUGUUACUGCAAUAGCAGCAGCACCAGUGACAUCGGCCACAGAUAUUUUACAAGAUGUAAAGGGAGAGCCAAACAAAAAUUUGACUUAUUCUCCGGAUUCAUUGAAUGAACAUUGGGACUGUUACUACUGUACCGACCAAUACUUCUCCAACUCGGAUUAUUUCCAACGUGAAUGUCGUAAUAAGAAUGUCGGCAAAGAAAGGUUUCUUCUGCAAAAUGGCCUUGUCUAUAAACCGUGGUGCAGAAAGGCUUCUGGGAUUGGCUUUGUUAGAAACUGUACCUUGCCAUCAUUGACUAAUGGGCAACUUCAUUGUCCUAACUCUAACCGAGUCUACAGGAUAUGUCAUGUUGAAUGUGCACCAGGCUACGUAGAGGUGCAGAACAAAGUACAGUGCAUGGAAAAUGGCAGUUUUGAUGGACCAGUCCAGUGUCAACCUCUAGAUUGUGGAUACUUGCCUGCUGUUAGUGAUGGAGAAAGGAUCAGCUGUGACGAGAAAUAUCCUAAGAGAGUUGGUAAUUCGUGUAACAUUUCCUGUCCAGGAAAUGCUUCGCCUCGAGUUGUCAGGUGUUUAUCAUCUGGAGACUGGUCCAAUGAAUCGGAGUGUGCUAAACCUGCUCACUCAGAUGGUGGUGGUUUGAGUACAGCUGGCGUAAUAGUAAUUGUGUCAGUCUUGAGUGUGGUUGUGGCAUUUAGUGUUGGUGUAGCUGUUUGGUACUUCUGUAACAAAAAGAAGCAACGAAAAAUGCCUGAAUCUGUGUCAACAUCAGUAUCCACCUCCACCUCCAGUCUUGAGAGGAAAACUUCACCUGAGGAGGAAGUCUGUAAACCUCUUCUCCUGGGAGGAAAUAAUGAGAGACAGGAAGCUUUCUCCGAGCUGAUCAGCGAACAGAGAGAACAGGCAGAACUUAACCAUGGAGGUGUGGCUUUGCCUCUACAAGGGGGUAUGCCUCAACAGAUGGCUCCGCCCACACAAGGAGGUCUGACUCCACAUAUGGCUCCACAUAAACAAGGAAGUCUACCUCCAAAGAUGGCUCCGCCUCCCAUACCCAGUGACCCACCUCCAUCCUAUCGCACAGUGGAGAAUUCGACUCUGAAUUUGACUAGUGGUGCUGAUUAUCAUGAUGAUCUUGGUGCUGGAAUGUCAGCCUCUGCAGCUGAUCCCGACGAGACAGAGCUUAAACAACCAGUCUUCUCACCUCCAUCAGCUGGUGUGCGGUCUAACCAGGGACUUGGAGCAAGAGUAGGGGAGGAAUUUGCUUGUGGACCAAGUGAAACAGUUGACUAUGCUGACGCAGAUACAUGUUCAACACUGCUUGCAGUCUUGCACGAAACACAAAACCAGGUCACUUACAAUAAAUUAAAAUACCUUUUGGAUGUUAAUUCAAAAGAAGUUAAAGCAACGUCAAUUGAUGGAGCUGCUGAGGAAAUAUUGGGCUAUAGUAAAGAAUACACUGAUUGGAUUGUUGAUCGAUGCCAAGGUUUGAGGAAUACACCAUAUACAUUGUUUAUUGAACUCAUGAUCCAGGCAGAUAAAAAACUAGGUCAUCUUGUAAUGUAUUUUUCGAAGAUGAGAAGUAAGAGAGUAGAUGUUUUGAGGGAGAUAACCAAAAUUCAUCCUGAGUGUAGUUUUUGUACUCAGUAUUACAAAAAGCACCAUCUAGUGUAGAAACUUGUAAUAGUAAUAAUAAAAUCUCUUCAUGUA